GGCACGGAGGGAGCAUCCAUCCAUCCUUCUCGUUACUGCACAAGAAUUUCAAAUUGUUAUGCAAAUUUUUUGUACCCCAACGGAACAGAGGAGGAGAGUAGAGGUGCUGCUGUUGUUGCUACUGUGUCGGAUGUCUUUGGGGUACGUUUUUGUUCAGGUCCCGGUGCCAGUCCCAAUCCCGGUCUCGGUUCCCGUCCCGAGGAAAGUGGCGAGAACAAAAGCGCCAGGCAAACGCCAUAAUUCAAGUGGCCGCAGCGAUUUCAUGCCUGAUUUCAAUUAUCAAUACGCGCCAUCGACAGCAGGCGACAGCACAGGCCAGGAACCCAAUCCCGGGUUGGUUUCGCAGCCACAGCCACAGCCAGAGGCAGAUGGUGAGGCAGAUGGAAGGCAGAUGUAGAGGCUUGGUGAAGGAGCAGACACGUCGAACAAUUGAACAAUGGGCACAAAUCAUUUCAUAUGCCAAACGUGUGGUCGAUGAUUGGAUAGCCCCACCAGAGCCAGAGCCGCAACCACAGCACCAGAGACAGAGGCAGCGACAGAAGCAGCAGCAGCAGCACCACCACCACCAAAAACAACAACUAAAAAACCCACUUCAUCAUUCAACGUUCCCUUUAAAGUCUUCUGUUCUUUAUGGCAUAUUUAUACCCGGUACUUGGCACCGAAAUGGGAUAUGUUUGGUUGCUGGAGAUGUUUGCGGAAGGUGCAUCGAAUCAACCAGAAUCAUGUGGUUUGUUAUAAGAUCACAAGUGUCUGAAUCUUUGCUUCGAAUAUAGAGUUACCAGAGCUCCUUAGGUCUCAAGUUCUGUCUUUCGUUGAUCUCGCCCCGACCAUCAGCAGCUGGAGGGCUGCAAUCUGCCGCCCAUCAUCAGAGUGUUGAAUGCAGCGAAAAAAAUGUUUGUGUACAGCAUUGAAUUUCACAGGCAAACAAACACACAGAUAGAGAUACAGAUAGAGGAGCUGCUGAAGAAGGUGUCGUUUGAACGAGUAUUUGUGUCUCGUUUUGGUUCAUAUUUAAUGCUUAGCUGGGUCUCAGUCCAUUCCAUCAUCUGUCAACAGGAAUCCAGAACACAGACACCAAACAGAGCAGAGUCCAAGUUCAUGUUAGAGUCAAAUGUGCGCAUUAAAUGUCAAUAAUCAUAAGUUUGUUCAUUAUACACUAGCAAAAGUAGAGAUAAUGAUGUUGAAGAGAUGUUUUGUAACCAUUUAAUGUAUAUUCGUAUGUUCAUUAAA